GCCAGCCAGUCCAGCCCAGCCCAGGAAGGCGACCAGUCGGGAGAAUGGAGGUGCCUCGUCUGGACCAUCCCCGGAGCAGCCCGGCCAGCCCCUGCGAGGAUGUCCUCAAGAACCUCAGCCUGGAGGCGAUUCAGCUCUGCGACCGGGACGGGAAUAAAUCACAGGACAGUGGGAUUGCCGAGAUGGAAGAGCUCCCAGUUCCUCACAACAUCAAGAUUAGCAACAUCACUUGUGAUUCUUUCAAGAUUUCAUGGGAGAUGGACUCCAAGUCGAAGGAACGUAUCACCCACUACUUCAUUGAUCUUAAUAAGAAAGAAAACAAGAAUUCCAACAAAUUUAAGCACAAGGAUGUGCCUACAAAACUAGUGGCAAAAGCUGUCCCCCUGCCUAUGACUGUCCGUGGCCACUGGUUCCUGAGCCCACGGACUGAAUACACAGUUGCUGUGCAGACGGCCUCCAAGCAAGUGGAUGGAGACUACACAGUUUCAGAAUGGAGUGAGAUUAUUGAAUUCUGUACGGCAGAUUAUUCCAAGGUUCACUUGACACAACUGUUGGAAAAGGCGGAAGUCAUUGCAGGGCGGAUGCUUAAAUUUUCAGUCUUUUACCGGAAUCAGCACAAAGAAUACUUCGACUACAUCAGAGAGCAGCAUGGGAGCGUCCUGCAGCCUUCGGUUAAGGAUAACAGCGGCAGCCACGGCUCUCCUAUCAGCGGGAAGCUGGAGGGGAUCUUCUUUAGCUGCCACACCGAAUUCAACACCGGAAAGCCCCCCCAAGAUUCACCUUACGGAAGAUACAGGUUCGAGAUUGCAGCUGAGAAACUUUUCAACCCAAACACAAAUUUGUACUUCGGGGACUUCUACUGCAUGUACACGGCCUACCACUACGUCAUUCUCGUCCUUGCCCCCGUCGGCUCGCCGGGUGACGAAUUCUGCAAGCAGCGCCUGCCUCAGCUGAACUUGCAGGAUAACAAAUUCCUGACCUGCACCGAAGAAGACGGGGUCAUGGUUUACCACCAUGCACAGGAUGUCAUCUUGGAAGUGGUUUACACUGACCCGGUCAACCUCUCCCUUGGCACAGUGGCAGAAAUCACCGGCCACCAACUCAUGAGUUUGUCCACUGCCAACGCCAAGAAAGAUCCAAGCUGCAAGACAUGUAACAUCAGUGUGGGACGCUAAUUUCCAUCCCCCACCCUCCUUAGGACCCUCCUUCGUUGCCUACGCCCUCUCUCCACUCUCCACAUCAGACGCAUGACGAAAUGCCCUCCCCAGUGACCCAACAGUUCCUCUCUGAGCAGAGCUCCAUGUUCCAGCCAAGCUGGGCCAGCUCCCUAACCGGUAUCCACUGAAGUAUCUUUCUCCCCUUCUGCCCUACAGCAUUGAAACCGAGCAUGCUGGUCGUUGUACCCUCAGCUUAUGUCCUUUCCCUGUUCCAGCCGGAUGCUGCUGGUGGGGACACGGGAUGGGGUGGCCUCACUGUGCCAGUCAGUGGGUCCCCAUGUCAUGGGGGAGAAAGGAAAGGAGCUCCACACGGAGACCGUAUUAUCUGCAGCCGCCCUGCGUAGCAUGUAGUUCUGCCCUUGGCAUUCCCCACGUUCCUUCCUCCUGAUCCACCACUGCUUUCAACUGUUCAAAAUCUUGAGGGUAUUUUUAAUUUUCUUUUCUUUCACCCCCCACCCAGCAACCAUUUAUACAUCUAGGUGCUGCAAUUGGUGUUAAUUUGUCCCUCCUCUCCUCCAUACUGCCAAAUGUAACAAAUCUAUAUAAACAAGCUUGAGUAAAAUAAAAUUUCCUGGCUUCUAAAUGGUGUUUAAAUAUGCGUUCAUUUUAACCUACUGAACAACUUAACUGGAAUAUUUCUAAACAGCAUGAACAGGUGUAACGGCAGCAUGAUUAACUCUCACAAGCCUAGGGGAGAAAAAUAUGUCAGCACUUCCAAUGUGUCGUUCGACAGUGUUAUUUAUGUUAUUUAUAUGAGCUAACAAACAAACGGAAGGCCUGUGUUUCAUCAUAAUAGAAAAAUAUUUUAUUUGUACUGUUGUAUAAAAUAUUAUACAAUCAUAUAGAAUAUAUAGAUGGCAUUUUAAUAGCAACUGUACACAUGUCAUGACAGCAUUUUUCCCUUAUCAAAGAUGUAGUUUGUAAACUUCAAAUAACUUGUGUAUCUGUUCCUGUUGCUCUGACAUGAGUUUUAAUUAAAACAGAUUUAUGAAGGAGACCAUUCUGGUUCAGUUAUAAAUGAUGCAGCCAACGACACUGAAACAUCAAUUGCCAUACAAACAAACAAACAUACAAACAAACAAAAAUCCACUUAGUUUAGUCAUGGGACACGGACCUUUCCCAAAUCAUUAAAAGAUUCCUCCCCUCCCCCCCCUUUUUUUUUAAAGAAAUCAUGCUUCAACUUUUACAUAUCGGGACCUACAGACAAGGUUGGUGGAUAAUGGAAUUCAUCCAAUGCCUUUCUUUAUGACACUAUAGCAGAAGGAGUAGUAGACCACGGGGUCUUCAACCUUGGCAACUUUAAGCCUGGUGGACUUCAACUCCCAGAAUCCAAAGUGGGCUGGGUGGGGAAUUCUGGGAGUUGAAGUCCGCCAGGCUUAAUGUCGCCAAGGUUGAAGACUCUUGCAGUAGACCCUGUCCACCUUUGGCACAAAGCUCUGGUUCUUGGAGAGGUGUCUCCCUGGGCUUUCUCGCCAUUUCUGAUGUUUGUGAAAUCACCACCCUCCACACACGAACAUCUCAGCUGGUCCUGUCCUCACCCACAUCUCUCUUUGCCUGUGGGAAUCUUCCUUCAUCUGUGUGCCAGAGUGACAAGACCAAGGGCUCUGCCUCUCCUUUUUGUGCCAUUGUUACAAAAAGACGAACCCCGAAGGCUAAAGACAGUCUUGCAUCUCUUCCUGGAGUCUUCUUUGAAUCUGGUUGCCAUUAAACCUGUGUUUCUUAUGAAGCCUCCUGAUUGUCCACCUCAGACUCAACCAUCCUCCAUGUCGAAGUGAUCUAUUUUAAGCUGCGAGAAUAACUACCUUAUAAAGUCUAUUCCUUUUCAACCUCUAGCCUAUAGUAAACCAAAUUAGAAAACAGUAACCCAACCAUCCGCCAUUCAUAACCAUGACACUUAGGUUAAAUAUCUGCAUACAUCAUAAUGCAAUAAACUAUUAUCACUAUAACAGAGUACCUUGGGCGAUCAUCACACGUGAAAUAUUAAGAUCCUACAAAGUGCAUGCUUUCAAACAAGCUUUGGUAAUCAUAAAAAGCAACAUUUUAUAGUAUUGUGCUACAGAAAAGUGCUACACAAAUAAAGACUAGAAUGGACCACCAAGUAGUUUGUUUCAUUUUGGUUACUAUCAACCAAGUCCUGGAGGUUUUUUCUUGAAGAGGAUGGGGUAGUUUACAACUCCUUACCCUGAAAUGUAUUGGCUACUCUUUCCUGUUUAAAGGUUUUUCCACACACACACACCUAUAAGCGCCUAAUCUUCCUUCUUUAAAAACUCUGCCUUCUCAAAAUAAAUGGAUUUUCGCUACUUAAUUUCUGCGCUAAACAUAUACUAAGCACACCUUUUUAGCCCACUACCUUUUCCUGCAUAAUUUGCACCUUUUUGAAUUCAACCCCUUGUGUUUGGUGGUGCAUAGAAAGGUCAAAACAGAAAUGCUACAGGAAUUAAAAUGAGAGAAGUGUUUGGUCUGAUCCCCGUUAAUCUGAUUAAAACGUCUUAGGCCGAGAGUGGCCUGAAAGGAACAAGUUGCUAGGGUCUUCAUUUUUGUCACACAGAAGCUUCACAAAAUCUUGCCAUUCUUCACCAGAGUUUAAACUCCUUUUAUGAAAUCUUUCCUACUGUCUCAGUCUCUGUUGUAUGUUCCUUACCAAAGCUGAAAAGUCAUUUCCUUGGUAAAUGAAUAUUCUUCCCGCACCCCACAGAUAUGAGAUAGGAAAACUGCUGUGUGGUCUGCAUUUAUUUUUAGCUCCUUGCAUAAAUACAUUAUUCUCAAAAGGGAUGGCACAUAACUCUGACCUCUUAAGCACUUAUCUUUUCUAUUCCUCAAAAUAAACUAAUGCCAGAUAUUGGUGAAUAUCAAGCAGAGUUCCACCGAAUCACCUCUCAUUUUAACAUUUACUUUCAGAAAUAGUAUAGAGAGGAACAAUUAUCUGUAUUGUUUUGCUCUUGAGGAAGCUAUUUUAUCCAGUGACUCUGGAUAUGACCAGUCAGUCACUUUAUCUGUUGGCUGUGACAAUUCUUAUGUUUCUGUUGAGCUCAUGAGCAAAGCAAGCACCUCAACAUUCAUCAGAAAACACAAACAAAUGGACACACCCAACCGGGCAAAACAAAAGCAUGGAGAAAUAAGGUCCAAAAUCAGAACGAAGGAUAAUGAAAAUGAGAACCACCGUGGUGAAGUAUCUUACCACUGAGUGUGGAAAGCCAACAACAUACAUAAACACACCGCAGGAUUUAGAACUCUGUAGCCACUCCAAAGAUUUGACUGAUUAGGAGCAUAUAGUUCAUGAGGGUGGAUUUCUCCUGCUGUUGCUUUCAGCCACAUUACAAUCGAAACACCGAGAAACUGACAAUACCUGUGUCACAACCCAUCCCAAGAAGGAGGAAGCUUCCACCAUUAAGACAGUCAAUGUUGUUGCAUCUUAAAAGCUGUUUUGCUGCAAAGCAAUCAAAGCAUAUUUACCCACUAAACUAAUUCCAACCUUGGGUGAGAGAUUUGUUCUGGAAGAUGCAUGGUAAUAUCUAAUUUAAAAGAACAUUAAAAUAAUUGGAUUCGUGCACUUCUGUUCUGUUUUUACAGGCAUUUUUGUCUACAGCACUUCUCCAUAUAUGAGUUCCUCCUCAAAGAAUUCUCACCCAAAGAUGGGGGAGUUCUGGAAACUGAAGAUACCUGGGGUAGGGAGGGGACUUGUUUAGUGAAGACUGUAUAUAUGACUUUAUCAUGUGUGCCUUUAGUUCACAUUGUUUUCUAGUUGAUUAUAAUGAGUUACAGGUACCCAGACCAAUUUUAAGGCACAGGUCUACAUUUCCAAAGUAGCUCCUCAAGAUCUUGGUCUACAGUUGUCAUAGUCUUUAGGGAUGAUGAAGUUUAAUGUGACCCAUCAUCAAGACACAAGGAUGGGGAAGAUUGUGAUAGACAAGUAUCACAAACAAACUUUGCUGGAAACUUUGAAUUCAUACCUAAAAUAGCCCCACUGACAUGCUUUAUAUAGAGGUUCACUCCCUCCCUCCCCGCUCUUUGCCCUUCCAUAUCAGAAUGACCUUCUCCUAAAGAAAUAUCAAAGGGUAGCCCUGAGCCAUUAAAAAGCAGCCAAUAACUUAAUUCCCAAUUAUAAAGGGAAUGACAUGCAUGUCAACGUGCACAAUGCCAAACCAAAACAGAUUUCUACAGCUGGGGAGGGGAUGAACCUUCCAAGCUUGCGGGAAUAGUUUUAAAAGUCACUUGGAACAGGAUGCGGUCACAGAGCUGACCUUGGAGAGACUAAACAGAAAGGAUGGGUGGAAAAGCAAUGUGUUAAGCGUGGGGAAUGGACUGAUUCUUCCCUAUUUCACGAGAGUACAGGAAAGGGGAUGGGAAAGGAAAAAGUCAAAAUUCUCACUCUUUCACUCUCUCAACAAAGGAUGGAUGCAGUCAGACUUCACCUGUUCAGUCUCAAAAGACUGACACGUAGGCACAUGGCUGGCAACUGGCAAGUAUUAUCACUCCCUUGCUUCUCUUCCAUCUCUGACCUCUCAAGGAGGAGAAACUGAGCUCUCUAUCUGCGGUUCCCUUCCUCACUGUGACAUCUUGGGGCUUCUGGAAUCACUUUUCAGUUGAUCCUUUGCUGCGGCCAAUUUUCAGGACCAGAAGGGGAGAACUUGCAUGCAGGAGGACAAGGAAGGGAUAAUAUGGGAGGGGAAGAGGGGAAGUCCAUAUUUCACAUACCCCAAGCAGGAUCUUCUAAACCACAGGUGAGACUAUCCACAGUGUAGUCCUUCAUAUGGCAUUAGAUCCCCUCUGGACAUUUAUAGAGCAGAUGGGGCUGGUGGAAUUUGGUUCCCAGAAGCUUCCCACAGGCACCUUAAACCCAAAGGAGCAUGGGUCCUUCUUGGUUUUAUGGGACAGAUGGGGAGGUAUGGUUUUCCCAAAUCCUGGCUCUGGGAUGGAAGAGAAUUAGUCAGCACACCUACAUGCACACUUAAACUCGCACACAAAUGCAAAUGUAUUUUUAGAAUCCCAAGUGAUUGUGGAGGCUGUAUAAACUACACUUCUAGAAGUGGUGGGAU